UGCGUGGUUCAUUUCUCCUCGCUUGCACAGUAUGGCCGGCGACAUUAGCUAGCGGUCGCUCAACGCUUUUCUCUGUAACAGGGGAACACACGGAAUACAAGGAACCGAACCGCAUCGCCUGCACGCUUGCCUACUCCGCAGUAAUUUUCUUCCAUUUCCCUCCUUCCCCUACCCCAAAAAGACUUAACCCACCACCUUUCCCGCAACUGUUCUCUCUCUUUAUAUGUAUAUAUAUAUGCCCAUAUAUAUGUAUAUAUAUACAUAUUUUCUCUGAUAGCUUAAUAUAAGAUUGUCACCCCGUCAAAGGCAAAACCUGCUUGGGACGGGUUGAGACCCAGUGGAGGCGCCCCGGCCUCGGACAGAAGCAACAGUAAAACCAGUUGUGGCUGUUGUAGUUGUCUCACCAUGAUGGAGGAGAACGGUGCACACUUCUUCGAAGGAACAGAGAAGCUCCUGGAGGUGUGGUUCGCCUGGCAACAGCCCUCGCCGCAGGAGCCGCACCAGAGCAAGGGGUCCGGCGACCUCCGCACCAUUCCCAGGUUUGAGUGGGACAAACUUUUGGAGAAUGUGCAUUGUUUGAUCAUAAGUGUGACAAAAACUGACAAGCAGGAAGCUUAUGUACUCAGUGAGAGUAGCAUGUUUGUCUCCAAGAGACGUUUCAUUUUGAAGACAUGUGGUACCACCCUCUUACUGCAGGCACUGGUUCCCCUGUUAGAGCUUGCUAGAGAAUACUGUGGGUUUGACUCAAUUCAGAGCUUCUUUUAUUCACGUAAGAAUUUCAUGAAGCCUUCUCACCAAGAGUACCCACACAGGAAUUUCCAGGAAGAAGUAGAAUUCCUUAAUGAAAUAUUUCCAAAUGGAGCAGCUUAUUGCAUGGGCCGUAUGAAUUCUGACUGCUGGUACUUGUACACUCUAGAUUUUUCAGAGAGUCGAGUAAUCAAUCAGCCAGAUCAAACGUUGGAAAUUCUGAUGAGCGAGCUUGAUCCAGAAGUUAUGGACCAGUUCUACAUGAAAGAUGGUGUUACUGCAAAUGAUGUCACUCGUAUGAGUGGAAUUCGUGACCUGAUACCAGGUUCUGUCAUUGAUGCUACAAUGUUCAAUCCUUGUGGAUAUUCAAUGAAUGGGAUGAAAACAGAUGGAACUUAUUGGACUAUUCACAUCACACCAGAACCAGAGUUCUCAUACGUUAGUUUUGAAACAAACAUAAGCCAGACGUCCUACGAUGACCUAAUUAGAAAGGUCAUAGAUAUUUUUAAGCCAGGAAAAUUUGUGACAACACUCUUUGUUAAUCAGAGCUCAAAGUGUCGCACAGUAUUUUCUUCAGCCCAGAAGAUUGAAGGUUUUAAGCGUCUAGAUCGCCAGAUUGCUCAGUUUAAUGAUUACAACUUCGUUUUUACCAGUUUUGCCAAGAAUAAACAGCAGAGUUGAUUAAGAAGAAUGAAGAAAAGGCGCAAAAAGAUACGCAAUAGAAGAGGUGGUGGUUGCUUUCUAGUUAAUGAUACAAGGGGCCAUAUUUUUCAUAUCCACCUCGUAGUUGCAGAAAGCCCUAGAUGUAAUCAUAGUAUAAUUUUCAAUUGUAUGCAUUAUUAUAUCAAAAAUUUAGGUAUAUUGCAUGAACGCUCUCUUCUGUGUUUAGGUAUUCUAUUUCACUUUUGCUGUGAAAUUGAAAUGCAUGUAGAAAAAUUUUACUGUAUGAGACUCUACAACAUUUGUAAAAACAAUUCAAAUAGGAUUACAUGCAGUAUAGUUUUUCUCCAGGUAUCACCAAAAAUUCCCCACAGACAAGGAUUUCGUCCUCAUUAAAAUAUUCUUUGGACCUUCUUAUGUAAAACAGUUGAUUCUUGCCUAACUUUUUCAUAUGUAUGCGGUAACUUAACUUUUAAAACAAUUCUUGAAUGAGUGAUUGCACUUGCUUAAUUGACACUGUAAUUCCUCAUUGACAGAUUCAAACUUCUUAGAGUUUAGAGAUAUUGAGAUUGGUGAGCUACUUCAUUUUUUAUAAAUUUGAGGGUUGUCAGUUUUAUCACUAGAUCUGUAAGCAUUUCCAGAACAAACUGUACUGAGGUUCAUAAAUUAGCUUUUCACAUGUGGGAACUUAAUUUGCCUGUUUAUCACAAGUUAUUUUUAUGGUCUAAGCUUAGGCCAAAACCAUUCCUGUUCCAUGUUGAUCUUUAGUUCAAAGGCAACUGAUAGCAACUGGUAGAAGAUGUUGGAAUAUGUAUGUAUUGAAACAAUGGUGGCAGUAUCAAUGAAGUUGGUUCUAGGCUUUUUCACAAAUGUGAUUCAACUACUGCACAAUUUGGUUGCUAUUUUUUACUGUGAAACAUACUGGCUCAAGUGCUACUUCAUAUUAAUUCAAGCAGGUCCUUCCACACUGUAACAUCAUUGUGCAUGUGAUAUUUAAGCUGAAUUAACAAUGUCAUAAUGUCAUCUGUGUUUUUUCCUGAUUGAUGUGUGGUUCUUUUUUUACAUGAUGUGGAAGGCACUGAAUGGUUAAGCUGCUGCAAGGAAAAUAGGGGAAGCCUAGACACAGUGAAGAACAAUACUAUAGCCAGAAUCCUAUUGGUGCUUGCUUAAUAUUUGCAUAAUUUGCUGCAGCUAAUUGAUGAGGUGAGGGAAUUAAUCUAGGAUGUACAAUUGGGCCUGUAACUGGGCACAUGACCAAAACAGACCCUAGCAUCUUGUCACUUGUCUGUACUAGUAGGAUUCUGGCUUUUGUGUGGAACAUUAAUAACAGUAUAGGCAUGAAAAUUAUUUUGUGUCACAAGACAAGCUUCUAAAAGACCGUAUAUUCAAGUGUCAUUUGAAAUACUGUGGGAUAUCAGCUGAUGAGACCAGCAAGUCUGUUACAAAUGUGAUACUCCUUGCUAUGUUUUUGGUUCUCUGAAUAUGACAAUAUUUUGUUCCUCCUGUAUUUAUAAAUGAAAUGCUUUUUCAGUGUUUCUAAGGCUACUAAAUUGCUUGGUUGGAAAUCAAGCAGUUGGAACACCUUCAUUUUUUUAAAUUUUUUAAUAGAUUUUUCUACCAAAAUUAUCAGUUUUCCUUCUGAGUAGCACCUAGCAGUUUGGGGUGCUUUAGAGUUUAACGGACCAAUUUUUCAGAUGCCUUUUAUUCUUGAAGAGUGCCCAAGUAAAGGGCAUUCCUUGUUGGUUUGAGGUCUGCUGACUGAAGAUCCCUUUAACUAGUAUAAAAAUGCAGAUUCAGGUAGAUGUAAGCCUCAAAUAGAAAGAAAAUGGUUGAAUGGUAUUUAUGAACACUAGGGUGAACAAAAGAGGGGGAUAAUGUUUGUUGUUUAAAACUUCUCUCUGUGGUGUUAGACAUGGAUCAUUAAAAUGUACAAAAAUAUACCUGUACCAGAAAUCAUAAUGCUUCAAUAAAAGUUUGCUUUCUAA